AUGGACAUUACCACCACUGACGGUGAGCUCUCAUCGCACAGCCCCACCACAAUGUACACUUCUAUCACUGCAGCCUUGCACCUCUUCCCACCUGCAGGCGUGAUUGCCAUUGUGGCCAUCGUCCUAGUCUGCCUCCUCUUCGUCUUGCUGCACUACAUGUACCGGCACAAGGGCACGUACCACACCAAUGAGGCCAAGGGCACGGAGUUUGCUGAGAGUGCAGAUGCAGCCCUGCAGGGCGACCCUGCCCUCCAAGAUGCUGGUGACAAUAGCAGAAAGGAGUACUUUAUUUGAGGGACAACAGACUUCACUUCCCUGAAUGCCUCCUCCAGCUCCAUCAGGAAAAACAUACCCCAUUGCCCAGCACCCCUACUGAUACCACCAGGCAGACAGAGAGAACACUUGCUCCUUUCCGAGAUACGCACCUGGAAACACUAGGUGCGUGCCCAGGGAGGAACGGAGGAGGACUUGCGCUGCAAGAGGCCUCUCCCAGGGACCCAGGGAGGCGGUGGCCACCCCAGAGGUCACCCUUUGCUUCGUGGAGGUGGGAGAAACUUGGGUAGUGCAGGACAGUAUCAGCUCACUGGCAGGAAAGUCCUUGUUGAGGGAGAGGGGGUGCCGGGGUACCCGGGGGCUGGGGAAGCAAGGAAAUAAGUCAUCUGUGUGCUGACUGGGGAUAAUGGCAUCAAAUGUCAGUCCUUGACAUUUGGGGGGAACAGCAGGUGCCAGAGCUAAAAGGUACCUUUGUCUCCCAUUGAUCCAGCUCAAAACGAUUGGAAAUAAAUUUGAAAUGUAACCGAG